CAUGCGUGCUUUUGGUGGGGAUUUUGACUCCACACAUCCACAGAGCAAGGAAGAAACAAGCCAAUCCUACAAAAAUGAGGUGUUUAUGAAAGUCUCUGGAGUUGAUCUGUUUAUUGCAUGGAAGUGCUCAGAAUUCCUCAAAUCAAAACUAAUUGCAGUUUCUGGUUGACCAGCAUUCAUAGGAAUCUGGACUGGCCUUGUGACUGCCUUGAAGAAAAGAUUUCAUAAGAUGUAGCUUUUUGUGGCUUCAAAUGCUACAACUUGAAAGGUCUAUGGCUUUAGCAUAUGUGUAUGUAAUGCACUGUCUCAGAACCCACCGUGCUUUUUGAAGACACACAGAGUACCACGUGGGAUCUCCUUAUGAAGAAGUUAUCGGCCACAGUGGGCAACUGCCAACAUGAUGAAUGAGCACAUUUGGACCUCCCAGUCAUCAUCCUGCUAGCAGAAUGAAGACAAACUCAGAGAUGGUGUGUCUAAGAAAUUUCAAAAGGUGUAGACCUCCUGAUUGAAGCAUAGCUGAUAUAUUUGACUCAUUUUUUUCCAUUAUAUUUUUGCACUCAUCCAAGGGAAAGUCAUGAUUACACUAACAGAGCUAAAAUGUUUAGCAGAUGCCCAGUCAUCGUACCACAUCUUAAAACCAUGGUGGGACGUCUUCUGGUAUUACAUCACUCUCAUCAUGCUGUUAGUGGCUGUGCUGGCCGGAGCUCUCCAGCUUACGCAGAGCAGGGUUCUGUGCUGUCUGCCCUGCAAAGUGGAAUUCGACAAUCACUGCGCCGUGCCUUGGGACAUCCUGAAAGCCAGCACGAACACAUCCUCUGCUUCUGAGACACCACUUCCUCUCCCACUCCGAAUCCAGAAUGAUCUCCACCGGCAGCAGUACUCCUACAUUGAUGCUGUCUGUUAUGAGAAGCAGCUCCAUUGGUUUGCAAAGUUUUUCCCCUACCUGGUGCUCUUGCACACUCUUAUCUUUGCAGCCUGCAGCAACUUCUGGCUUCACUACCCCAGUACCAGCUCCAGGCUGGAGCAUUUUGUGGCCAUCCUUCACAAGUGCUUCGAUUCUCCGUGGACCACCCGGGCCCUGUCAGAAACAGUGGCCGAGCAAUCCGUGAGGCCCCUGAAACUCUCCAAGUCCAAGACUUUGCUUUCAACCUCAGGAUGUUCAGCUGAUGUUGAUUCCGGCAAGCAGUCCUUGUCCUACCCACAGCCGGGCCUGGAGUCAGCUAGCAUAGAAAGCCCAACUUCCAGUGUCCUGGACAAGAAGGAGGGUGAACAGGCCAAAGCCAUCUUUGAAAAAGUGAAAAGAUUCCGCAUGCAUGUGGAACAGAAGGACAUCAUUUACCGGGUGUAUCUGAAGCAGAUCAUAGUCAAAGUCAUUCUCUUUGUCUUCAUCAUAACUUAUGUUCCAUAUUUUUUAACAUACAUCACUCUUGAAAUUGACUGUUCAGUUGAUGUGCAGGCCUUUACGGGAUAUAAGCGCUACCAAUGUGUCUACUCCUUGGCAGAAAUAUUUAAGGUCCUGGCUUCAUUUUAUGUCAUUUUGGUAAUACUUUACGGGCUCACCUCCUCCUACAGCUUGUGGUGGAUGCUGAGGAGUUCCCUAAAGCAAUAUUCCUUUGAAGCACUAAGAGAAAAAAGCAACUACAGUGAUAUCCCAGAUGUCAAGAAUGACUUUGCCUUCAUCCUUCACCUGGCUGAUCAGUACGAUCCUCUCUAUUCCAAACGCUUCUCCAUAUUCCUGUCAGAGGUCAGCGAGAACAAACUGAAACAGAUCAAUCUCAACAACGAGUGGACCGUUGAGAAACUGAAAAGUAAGCUUGUGAAAAACUCCCAGGACAAGAUAGAGCUGCAUCUCUUUAUGCUCAGUGGUCUUCCCGACAAUGUCUUUGAGUUAACGGAGAUGGAAGUGCUAAGCCUAGAACUUAUCCCCGAGGUUAAGCUGCCCUCUGCAGUCUCGCAGCUGGUCAAUCUCAAGGAGCUUCAUGUGUACCACUCGUCCCUAGUGGUGGACCAUCCUGCACUGGCCUUCCUAGAGGAAAAUUUAAAAAUCCUCCGCCUGAAAUUCACUGAGAUGGGAAAAAUCCCACGCUGGGUAUUUCACCUGAAAAAUCUUAAGGAACUUUAUCUGUCAGGCUGUGUUCUCCCUGAUCAGUUGAGUACCACCCAGUUGGAGGCUUUUCAGGACUUAAAAAACCUGAGGACCCUCUACCUGAAGAGCAGCCUGUCCCGGAUCCCCCAGGUUGUUACAGACCUCCUCCCUUCACUGCAGAAACUGUCCCUUGAUAACGAGGGCAGCAAACUGGUUGUGUUGAACAACUUGAAAAAGAUGGUCAAUCUGAAAAGCCUAGAACUGAUCAGCUGUGACCUGGAACGCAUUCCGCACUCCAUUUUCAGCCUGAACAAUUUGCAUGAGUUAGAUCUAAAGGAAAAUAACCUGAAAACUGUGGAAGAGAUCAUUAGCUUCCAGCAUCUUCAGAAUCUUUCCUGCUUAAAGUUAUGGCACAAUAACAUUGCUUAUAUCCCUGCCCAGAUUGGGGCAUUAUCUAACCUAGAGCAACUCUUUCUGGAUCAUAAUAAUAUUGAGAAUCUGCCCUUGCAGCUUUUUCUAUGCACCAAACUACACUAUUUGGAUCUAAGCUAUAACCACCUGACCUUCAUUCCAGAAGAAAUCCAGUAUCUGAGCAAUUUGCAGUACUUCGCCCUGACCAACAACAAUAUCGAGACACUACCAGAUGGGCUGUUUCAGUGCAAGAAGCUCCAGUGUUUGCUUUUGGGGAGAAACAGCCUGACCGAGCUGUCCCCUCGGGUGGGUGAGCUGUCGAACCUCACUCAUCUGGAGCUCACUGGGAAUUACCUGGAAACACUGCCUCCGGAGCUGGAAGGGUGUCAGGCUCUGAAACGCAGCUGUCUGAUCGUGGAGGACAGCUUGCUCAGCACGCUUCCGCUCCCUGUGACUGAACGUUUGCAGACAUGCUUAGAUAAAUGUUGACCUAAAGAUCAGGGACCCGCGUCUCAAGAGCAGUUUUGAAAUUAUGUCCCAUUGCUUUAAAGGAGAAAUAAUUCCUUAAAUUAUAAAACUCAAAAAUGGGUGAUGAUUAUGAUCCACCAAGUAUCUUGCUAAAGCAACUCAGUGUCUGUCCUGAAGUUAAAUAGGUAAAAGUGUUAACGCUGAACUGCAAUCUUGUAAGUAAUUGAUUUUUAAUUUAUUGAGAUAUUAUAAGAAGUAUACAUUGAGGAUGGAUUGAGAGGCAUGAAAUUAUUAAAUCUUUACCUUGCAGUUUUUACCCUUAAAA